AUGGAUGUUGGGCAUAUUCUAGUGGGACGACCUUGGUUGUAUGAUCAUGAUAUGGACCACAAGACAAGGCCUAAUACUUAUUCGUUCUAUAAGGACAACAAGAAGUACACUUUUCAUCCUCUCAAGGAAGAAACAAGGCAAACAGCAAAUAAAGGAGCUGCAACUAGUAAAUUAAAUGGGCUUGUAAGUGUUAAAGAAUUUGCAGCUGCGCCUAAUGAGGUGGGAGUCACAUAUGCCUUAGUGAGCAAACUAAUAGGAGCUUACCAGGUUGAAAAAUCAGUUGAAUAUUCCUUUGAAAUUCAACGAUUAUUGCAGGAAUUCAAGGAGCUGAUUAAUGAAGAUGUACCGAAAAGCUUGCCACCAUUAAGAAGUAUCCAACAUGCUAUUGAUUUGGUACCAGGAGCAGCUUUACCAAAUAUGCCUGCAUACCGAAUGCCUCCUUUACAGCGGGCUGAAAUAGAAAGACAGGUUAAGGAAUUAUUGGAAAAAGGUCUGGUGCGUGAAAGUAAAAGUGGUGGCGUGAAGUAA